AAACCUACACUGUCCCGAGGACCGAGUUUGGGAAACCCUACAUUAGUCCUUGAUUGAUUGAAAACAAAUGUCUUAUUCUUCUACUUCUUAUUUACUGCCUCUAGCUAGCACAAUGCCUAAUUAUGUGUCACAAUUGGUUAAAAAAAAACUCAAGAAUAUGUAAUUAUGGCUACUGUAGCCUAUAUGUCACUUUACAUCCUACUGAGACAUAGAAUGUAAGUGUCCAUUGCAUGCAUAGAGUUAUGCUCUAUUAUCUGAGCGUCCCGUCAUGGAAUGCCUUCAGCCGAAAGAAAUAUAUUAAGCAUUAUUCCCAUUUCAGGACAUUUACCAACUUCUAUCCACAGACCAUACGCUUUCUGUUUUACAACUGAAUUAUUAGGUAACAGGGUCCAAUUGGAACAUCUGACCGUGGUCACAUGACACAGUUUACGUAAGAUUUCUUUUAUUUUUUUUACAACGAUAGUAUCAUUAAUGGUGUUCAAUGAUAUCGUCUCAAAAUAGUGAGUUGAGCAGGGGGAAAGGACCUCAGAAAAUAAGAUAAAUAGAGAUCGACCUGUUACUACUAAAAGGGAAGAUUAAUUUAGCGACUAAACCGCAAUCAUUAUGGGAACGGAUAGUACCGAUUGUAUGCUGCUUCUUGCGGCAGAAGCGUUUCAAUCUAAAAACUUCGGGCUCGCGGCGGACAUAUACGAAUGCCAACUGCUGCACCUCUGCGACCCUAGUACGCAGCAACAUCUCUUGGUGAAACGGGCCGAUGCCCUGGCAUUUGCUGGUAAACUGACCGAUGCUUUCGAGAUCUACCGAAAAGCCGCUGAAAUCGAGAGACUACGACCAGUCCACCUGGAUAAUCUGAUUGAAUAUCUCUCUAACAGUAUUAAAAGACAAGAUGGGACAGACAGUCAAAACAACAGACAGGAGACACACUCUGAUUGUGUUGGAUAUGAUGCAUUUACCUGCAAGAUAUGUUAUGGAUUUCUAUACGAGCCUGUUACCUUGCCUUGUGGACACUGCUUUUGCAAAAAGUGCCUGGACAGAGAAAAAAUGCCUGUCUGCUGCAAAGAAUGUAAUGACAGUAGGCACACCAAACUCAACGAUGUGGACACUUAUAGAGUUAAUGUUGUUCUUAGUAACUUGUUGUUAAAGUGGUUUCCAAUUCAAUUACUUGCUGUUAAUCUGAGACGUGAGGGGAAUGGACUAUAUUCAGAGAAAAUAAUGGAUGCUGCUUUGGAAAAAUACAACGAAGCAAUACAAAUAGCUCCAAGGGACCAUGUGCUGUACAGCAACCGAUCACAGAUCAAUUCCAGUCUGAGGAAUUACGAGGAUGCACUUCAUGAUGCAGAGAUGGCAUGCAAACUCAUGCCUCUUUGGUCAAAGGGACAUAUUAGAAAAGCACAAGCUUUAGUCUGUCUUGGGAAAUGUGAAGAAGCGUUAAGAGAGUACCUGGUCGUCAUUACAUUAGAUCCUGAAAGUAAACUGGCAAAAAGAAAGGCGCAAAAGAUUCUGAGCGAUCUUCUGGCCCCUGUCACUGAUCAAGUACACAACAGAAUCCUGGACUGCACAAGUCUACUGUCUUCCAGAAAUAAAAUCAAAGGUGGCAUCCUGAACACCUCAACCUCAAGCUGCAACACCACCACUUCCUCCAAGUCUUACAAGGAUUACAAGAAUAUUGCCUCUCAUGAGAAGUUGACAUCGUCACCUACGCUGAGUGAACCUAAGACAGACGGCUUAUUUGAGACGAUGGCAUGCGGCGAAAAGAAAGGAGAAGAUCAGGUGGACCUGAAUGUCUGCCAUCCCACCGUCAUUGACAGGAGCGUCUUUCUCAAACGCAAACGUAGCUCAUCCGAGGACAGCCAAGUGGAUAGUAGCGACACCUGCAAGCGCUCCAAAUCUGAAGUGACCCAGAAUGAAGAGGCGACUUCCUGGAGUGCAGUGCUUUCUGACCUCAUAGACCCGGCUGACCUGGAGUGUUCUCUUUGUAUGAGGCUCUUUUAUGAACCAGUCACCACUCCUUGCGGUCACACCUUUUGUCUGAAAUGCCUCGAGCGAUGCCUGGACCACAACCCCAAGUGUCCCCUCUGCAAGAUGGAGCUGGAAGAGUAUCUGGCAGAAAGUAAAUACAACAAGACUGUCUUGAUGGAGAACCUCAUCUGCAAGUAUCUGCCAAUCGAGCUCAUGGACAGGCAGAAAGUCAACGCAGAGGAGAUUGCAGAUUUAUCCAAUCUAAACAAGAACGUGCCUAUAUUUGUUUGCACCAUGGCCUUCCCCACCGUUCCAUGUCCUCUUCACAUCUUCGAGCCCUGCUACCGGCUGAUGAUCCGCAGGUGUAUGGAGAUGGGUACCAAGCAGUUUGGAAUGUGCCUCAGCGAUAACAUCAAAGGAUUUGCCGAUUACGGUAGCCUCCUGGAGAUCCGAAACGUGGAAUUCUUUGCAGAUGGCCGCUCCGUUGUGGACACCAUUGGGAUAAGACGGUUCAAGGUCAUUGAGCACCACCAGAGAGAUGGAUACAACACAGCAGACAUUGAAUACUUGGAAGACGUUAAGGUGGAGGUUGUGGCAGAGAAGGAGCUGCAGAGUCUCCAUGAUGCAGUAUACGACCAGGCCUUAAUCUGGGUCAACUCCCUGAAAGCAGAACAAAAGGAGAGGAUCGUAGAGCACUUUGGGCGCAUGCCAGAGAAAGACUCUGAGCCACAGGCCAGUCCCAAUGGGCCGUCCUGGUGCUGGUGGCUGCUGGCAGUCCUUCCCCUGGAGGGUCGAGCCCAGCUGCCCUUCCUGGCCCUGACGUCCCUGAAGGACCGACUCAGUGGUAUCCGCAGAGUACUCCUCUUCAUGUCCCGCAACCGCUCCUCUCGAUGACUCCAACCAUCUAUCUCCUCCAUGUGGGUGUCUGUUUUGUCUGUGUUUUGUUUUUAUCUGAAAGACCGCAUUUUAACGAAAGCCUUUGUGUGAAUGGGUUACUAUUGGCAAGUGGACUUUGAUUAGAUUACCGAAAUGUGAUCCAAGGAUUAGAAGAGGCUACUUAUGGACUGAAUAUUUUAAAGUGUGCUGUAAAGACCAUAGUAUUUUGACUUUGUUUUUGUUAUUAUUUAUGAACAUCGCGUGUGCAUGGAACAUGUUUACACCACUGGGAGAAAAUUACUAUUACAAUGAUGACUUAUUAUUUCCAAAGGGUUUAUUAACCACAAAUUACAUAUUGUAAAACCCAAAACCCCUUAGAAUGUGUAGAAAAUUAGAGGGGAAAAUUGCAAUACAGCACAGUACCUUGUUCUGAUGACACUUUAACUGUAUCAUUCAGAGGAUAAUGCAAUUUUCUUCCUGUUUUGGUGUAGAUGAGUGCAAUACACCUGCAGUUAAAAUGAGCCUACGCCUACUUACGAUGGAAUGUCUAUUGGUAUUUAUUUGAUCUACUUAGCACUGUAGUUGCAGCAACAGCAUAACUGAUAGUCACUGUUUUCCAUGCAUGGUGAGCAAAGAUGGGUUGUGAGCUUUGCCUUCAACAAAGGAACAAAGUUUUGUUGGAUGUUACAUAUUUCUUUGUCCACCAGACUUUUUUCAGAGUUUUCUACAGUUCUUUUUAUGUUACGAUGAUCACCUUUUUAUACAGACGAUAUUGAACCAGGAUGGUUAUGCUGUGAAAUCUUGGGGAAAUGUGUUAAUUAACAAACAUUAUAUUUUUUAUUGUAAGGGGCAAUUUUAAGUUAUUGCAUUUAUAUAGGGCUUUCUUGGCUCUGCUAUUAUUUGCACCAGUUAUGCUCAUAAAGUAGGGAUGACACAAGUGACAAACAAACUUAAAGUGAUUGCAAUAACGGUCAUCACUUGUGCUGCGUGAUUCCUGGCUAUUAUACAAAAAAAAGACAACGACGUGAAUGUGAAAAUGCAAAUAAUUGUAGACAAGGGAAAUAUAAACUUUUAGAGUGUAGAGAGUGCCGGAUUUAUCAGCCCUGCUGCUUUUACCACUUUCCAAUAUUCUCAGUUUGAUUUGAGAAGUUUUACGUUUGGUUGUCAUGUCCUAAGCCGAAGACACUCUGAAAUGAUUUUCCUAACCAUUCUAAAAACUCUUGAAGGAGUUGGAAGACUGCUUCAAGUCAUUUGAACCUCAUCGUCUUGUCUUUCAAGCUAUUGUCCGGUGGAAUCAUAAACUGUAGCAUCAAACACUGUGAUUUCUAAUCUUUUUCAACAUUUAGUGCCUUAAGUUGGAUUUCUUCCAUGAUGCCAGUACCAAGAAGAAUAAUUUAGACUAAGAUAGCAUUCCAGUGAGGAAGACUUGGCUGAAAAGUCCAAAUUAUUGAGCUGACUAUGUGGUCUUUUCUUUCGAGGACACAAACAGUAAAUAAAAAAAUUCCAGUCUUGGUAUGACAAGUCUUAAGGUUGUGGUUACAAAUCUUGGUAAAACUCAAAUCCUGGUUCAUUGUAUGACGAGUCCUGCAAUUGUGGUUACAAAUAUUGGUAAUAUAGCUCUUAUAUCUUAUCACAACUAAAUGAAAGUCUUCUCAAUGCAAGGACACAAUGUGAAUAUUUUCUAUUGACUUUUGUAUACAACAACAACAUUGAGACUUGGUUAAGGUUGAAUAAAUGUUUUUUGAAUAAAAGUUGAUUGUUUGGCAUGUCAAUUCAAGUAGCUUAUAUUUCCUCACCAAAACCUCAUACUUUUACAUGUAUAUUAGUUUGAUCUGGCGGUUGCAUGUUAGCCAAAUUGUCAUUCAUCUAUGUAUUUUACCCAUUUACAUCAGAAAAUGCCAAAACAAUAGAAAUUCAAAGGUAGUAUCUUCCUGACCUUUUUGAAUUCCACAUGGAGCUAGUGAUCUAAGUCCAUCUACCUCUGACACUCCUGUAGCUCUUCCACCACAGAACAUGCUAAUUGAUUCAUAUUGACAUGUCAUUUGUUUCUAUGGAGAUGACGUGACCAUGGAGUCUUACUUUGGUGGUUGUGUAACACUUGUAUAAUUGCCUCUUAACUGUAUGUGUUUACAAAAAUGAAUGUAUGUGGUUGGCAUCUUAUCCAAUGUUAUAUUUUUGUUUUUAUAGAAAUGUAGUCAUUGCAAUGUUAUACAAUGUACAAAAACCACAAUUCUAAAUAAAAAAAGGUUAUGCUCUUAAUUU